AUGGAGCCUCACGAGAUCGAAGACGUCAACGCCAGGAGGUCCUACAUAUCCGGCUACCCUCUUAGAAAAGUGCCGCCAUAUUUGGUCCAGGAUGAAAUGAUAUCUGGGUCAGUACUUCCCCGUACGUCGUGGUGGUAUGUAGGACAUGGCGGGCCUGCGCCGUUGACGAAGAUACACAAUCACGCCCAACCAUACGACUCUCUCCUGCAGAACAGAAGUUACGUGAAAGGUGGAUGCACCAAGUCCACGAGCGCGUUGCCCAGCGUACCGAUGCUCUUGAUUCUGUUUUGGGUAAUCGAUCUUGCGGCGAAUAUCUUGCUCGGUCUUGAUAGUCAGACUGGUAACGGAUGGCAAGAAUAG